GUGAGCCGAGAAUGGUUUUCUCCGCCGAGUCUCGGUGAUAAAUGCUUUUUACUUUUUGCUCAUUUGACAAUUCUUACCAACUUCGACAGUUUGGAAUAUCAUGAUCGAGACGGACGAAAGGAUGGCGCGGUUGGUGACGGACUGGUAUGAGGACCUCUUGCAUAACAGGAGUGACCCUCGGACUGCCGAUUGGCCGAUGAUGUCCUCACCCUGGCCGACACUUGCCGUGUGCCUUAGCUACGCCUACUUCUCGAGGGUGGCGGGGCCUGCCAUCAUGGCCAACAGGAAGCCCUUCAAGCUCAGGAACAUUCUAGUCUUUUACAAUUUAGCCCAGACUCUCUUCUCCGCCUGGAUAUUCUAUGAGUAUUUGAUGUCCGGAUGGUGGGGCGAAUACAGUUUCAGAUGUCAACCUGUGGAUUAUUCUUACAGUCCAGUGGCGUUAAGGAUGGCAGCUACGUGUUGGUGGUACUAUUUCUCAAAGUUUACAGAGUUUUUUGAUACUCUCUUUUUUAUUCUUCGGAAAAAAACAGAACAUGUUUCAACACUUCAUGUGAUUCACCAUGGUAUAAUGCCUAUGUCAGUUUGGUUCGGGGUCAAGUUUGCUCCUGGUGGACAUAGUACAUUCUUUGCUCUCUUGAACACUUUGGUACAUAUCAUAAUGUAUACAUACUACAUGCUGUCAGCAUUAGGACCAGAGUACCAAAAGUACAUCUGGUGGAAAAAGUAUCUAACUUCAUUACAGAUGGUGCAGUUUAUUUUAAUUAUGUCACAUCAGUUCCAGCUUCUAUUCACCACUUGUGAUUAUCCAAAGAGUUUUAUGGUUUGGAUUGGUCUACAUGGUGUAUUGUUUCUGUUCCUCUUCUCAGAUUUCUAUAGGUCGAAAUAUAUUGGGAGGAGAAAGGAAAAAGAGCUUGCGCUCAACAAAGGAGCUUGCAUGCCAGUUGAAAAUGAUGAAACUGAAAAAACUGAGAGGCGAUCAGAAAAUGGUUAUUCAAAAGUCUACACUUCAAAACUUUCUGCUUGUUAUAGCAAUGGUGUUAACAAUGGCUAUUUGAGCAGGUCUAAAGAAGAUUAAAAAUAGUUUUUGAAAAAUUGGAAUAUACCAAAGCACCUGACAAAAGUUAAAUAUUUUAUAAGUUAUAAUAUAGGCUUCUCUGAAGAUAGGUUAAUAUCUUUUUAAAUUAUUUGAGAUAUUUACUAUGCCUAACAACACAGAAAAAAAAUGGUUUUACCACUGUUUUAAAAAUUGU